CUGAGACACAUAAAAUGAAAAAAGGAAAUAUAAAUAUAAUAAUAUUAAUGGUUUUUUCUUCUCCCUGCCAAAGUCCUGCUGCCAACAUAAACAGCAGAUAUAUGUGUAAUUGAACGGCCAAUGGAAGAAUGUCAACCAUCAAUGUCGUUAUAAGCUGAUUCGAACGACAUUUGGCUCUCACAAAAAUGGAAACCUCUACAUUUUACAUGUCUCUUCCCACACCAUUUCUAAAGCCUCAAAAACCUCCCAAUCAAAUCUUUAGUAGUAGUAGUAAUAAUAAUAAAUUCAACUCAGCUCUUCAGCAUUAUGCUUUGCACAAACCAAAAAGUUUCUUAAUUCAUAAAACUAGUGUUCCUGUUUUGCUCAAAAAACAAUGUCGAUUGGAUCUGUUCAUAGUUAGGGCUGUGGCAGAAAAUGCAGAAGAAUCUGAGGUUGUGAAGCCCAAGGAAGUGAUACAGACUCUGCAACUGGGCGCUAUGUUUGGAAUUUGGUACCUUUUGAAUAUCUGUUAUAAUAUAUACAACAAACAGGUUCUCAAGGUUUUUCCAUUUCCGGCGACUGUUACGGCAUCUCAAUUUGGCUGUGGGACUUUAUUAAUACUCUUUAUGUGGGGAUUUCGUCUUCAUCCCAUACCAAAAAUCAGUAAAUCUCAAUUUAAAACAAUAUUCUUACUCGCUGCAAUUCACACAUUGGGUAAUCUUUUAACGAACAUCAGUCUUGGGAGAGUAGCAGUUUCGUUCACUCACACAAUCAAAGCAAUGGAACCAUUUUUCACCGUGCUUCUUUCCGCGAUGUUUCUUGCAGAGCGACCAUCUCCUUGGAUUGUAUCUUCUCUGGUUCCCAUUGUUGGUGGAGUAGCAUUAGCAUCAAUGACAGAGGCCUCUUUUAAUUGGAUAGGCUUUGGCAGUGCAAUGGCUUCCAAUCUGACUAACCAAUCGCGUAAUGUAUUUAGCAAGAAAUUCAUGGUUAAAGAGGAGGAGGCAUUGGACAAUAUCAAUUUGUUCUCUAUCAUCACAAUCAUUUCAUUCAUCCUUUUGGUACCUCCUGCCAUUUUGAUGGAAGGGAUCAAGCUUACUCCAUCUUAUCUACAACAUGCUGCUGCAAGCCAAGGUUUAUAUGUCCAAGAUCUUUGUGUGAGACUUCUUUUAGCUGGAUUCUGCUUGCACAGUUACCAACAGGUAUCAUACAUGAUACUACAAAUGGUAUCACCAGUGACUCAUGCAGUUGGUAAUUGUGUGAAGAGAGUAGUGGUCAUUGUAUCCUCAGUCAUCUUUUUCCAAACACCUGUCUCACCAAUUAACUCCCUUGGGACUGCUUUGGCUCUAGCUGGAGUCUUUCUUUAUUCAAGAACAAAGAGAUUACAGCGGAAGCCAAAAGUUGCGUGACAAGUGAAGAAAAUUGCCAAUGUCUGUAGCCUUAAUGCAGAACUAAAUUUGCAACUCUGUAAAGAAUAUGUUAACCAAAAACAGGAACUCCAAGAUUGGGUUCGAGUAAUUGGAAGAUUGGGUCAGGAACUUCGUUCGAGAAUACCAGUCAAGAGUGUAAGGCAAAAGAUAGAGGAAGAAGAAGAAGAUGAUAUUGAGAAAAGAUUAUCUUUUUUAUAUUUUAACCUCAAUAGACUAAAAUCAGUUAAUAUAGAUAUUGUGUUAACAUAUUCA